AGUUUACUUCUGGACGCUUGGAUCGCCAAGCGAAGCGCUCAUCCAGCAUGUUGUGGGAAUUCCUGGCACUUUUUGUAAUCGCCAUAGUCUUGUUCUAUCGUUGGGCUGCCGCCAACAAUGAUUUCUUCAAGGAUCGGGGCAUCCCCUUCGCGAAGCCAACCCUGUAUUUUGGCAACAUGGGCGACAUGUUCUUGCGAAAGAAAGCCAUGUUUGAUAUAGUCUGCGAUCUCUAUUCGAAGGGCGGUAGUAACAAGUUUUUCGGUAUCUUUGAGCAGCGACAACCAUUAUUGAUGGUACGCGACCCAGAUAUUAUAAAACAGGUAGCCAUAAAGGACUUUGAUCACUUUAUCAAUCAUCGCAACGUGUUCGCCACCAGCAGCGAUGAUGAUCCGCAUGACAUGAGCAACCUUUUUGGUAGCUCCUUGUUCUCAAUGCGGGAUGCCCGGUGGAAGGACAUGCGGAGCACUCUGAGUCCAGUCUUUACAGGCAGCAAAAUGCGUCAAAUGUUCCAGCUGAUGAACCAGGUGGCCAAGGAGGCCGUGUCCUGCUUAAAGCAGGAUGAGUCUUCUGUCCAAGAAACGGAACUGGACAUGAAGGACUACUGCACACGAUUCACCAAUGAUGUAAUCGCUUCGACAGCCUUUGGGCUGCAGGUGAAUUCGUUCAAGGAUCGAGAGAACACCUUCUAUCAGAUGGGCAAAAAGUUGACUAAAUUUACCUUCCUGCAAAACAUUAAGUUUAUGUUGUUCUUUGCACUGAAGAGUCUCAACAAGAUCCUAAAAGUGGAGCUCUUCGAUAAGAAGAGUACCCAGUAUUUCGUCCGACUGGUACUCGAUGCCAUGAAGUACCGACAGGAGCACAAUAUUAUCCGUCCCGACAUGAUCAACAUGCUGAUGGAGGCGCGUGGUCUGAUCCCGUCGGAGAAGACCAAGACGACUGCCGUUCGCGAGUGGAGCGAUCGUGACAUUGUGGCCCAGUGCUUUGUCUUUUUCUUUGCCGGCUUCGAGACCUCAGCUGUGCUAAUGUGCUUCACCGCUCAUGAGCUGAUGGAGAACGAGGAUGUGCAGCAGAAGCUAUUCGAAGAGGUGCAGCAAGUUGACAAAGACCUGGAUGGCAAGGAGCUAAACUAUGAGACUAUCAUGGGCAUGAAAUAUCUGGAUCAGGUCGUUUCAGAGGUCUUGCGAAAGUGGCCACCAGCGAUUGCAGUUGAUCGAGAGUGCAACAAGGAUAUCACCUACGAGGUGGAUGGCCAGAAAAUAGAGAUUAAGAAGGGGGAUAUCCUCUGGCUGCCCACAUGUGGUUUCCAUCGUGAUUCUAAGUACUUUGAUAACCCCAUGAAGUUUGAUCCAGAACGUUUCAGCGAGGAAAACAAGGAUACAAUACAACCAAACACAUACUUUCCCUUCGGUUUGGGUCAACGAAACUGCAUUGCUUCCCGUUUCGCUCUUCUUGAAGCUAAGGCCGUCAUCUAUUAUCUUCUGAAGGAAUUCCGUUUUGCCCCAGCCAAGAAAUCCUGCAUUCCAAUGGAGCUGGCCAGUUCAGGGUUUCAGUUGUCGCCCAAAAAUGGAUUUUGGAUCAAACUGAUUCAGAGAAACUAAUCUUCAAGAUAUAUACAAAUAGAAUAAUCUAUUUUGUUAAUUGUUGUGUAUUAAAGAAAUUGACAUUAA